AUGGCAUCGAUCAACGACCUGGCUACGGCCGCCAUAGCGACUUCGGCCGCCGCCGGCAGCGGACCGGCCGGAGAGGACCAGCCCCCCGUCGCCACGCCGCCCGCCGGCGUCGUCCGCGGCGCCUUCAUCGUACUCGAAGGUCUAGACCGGAGCGGCAAGACGACGCAGGUGAAGCUGCUCGAGCAGCGGUUCGUCGAGCUGGGGAAGAAGGUCAAGGUCAUGCGCUUUCCGGACAGAACAACGCCCAUUGGCCAAAUGAUUGACGCCUACCUCAAGAGCUCGGUUGAGAUGGAAGACCACGUCAUCCACCUGCUCUUCAGCGCCAACAGAUGGGAAGCAGUCAAAAACAUCCAAGCUCUACUCGCCUCCGGCACGACGGUCAUCUGCGACAGGUACUACCACUCGGGCAUCGUCUACUCGGCCGCCAAGCAGAACCCGCGCCUGACCCUGCACUGGGCGCGCCAGCCCGAGCUCGGACUGCCGCGGCCCGACCUCGUGCUUUUCCUCGACCUCGAGGAGGCCGUCGCCCGCGAGCGCGGCGGCUGGGGCGGCGAGGUGUACGAGAAAGCUGAGUUCCAGCGCCGCGUACGCGAGCUGUUCUGGGGCCUGAGCUUGGGCCGCGUCGGGCCGGACGGCGGCCUGGGCGACGAGGGGCGCGUCGACCGCGAGUUCCGGCAGGAGGAGGAGGAUCUGGUCGUCGUCGACGCUGGCGCGAGCGUCGAGGAGGUCGCCGAGGAGAUCUGGAGGAAGGUCGGGCCGAGGGUCGAGGGCGUCGAGAAGGGCGAGGUCGGGAGUGCCGUGAGGGUUGUGUCGUGA